CAUGGCCCGAUUUACUUUCAGGAGUUCCAUAUGAACUGCUUGACUGUGAGUGUGGGCAUUGGUACCUCAGAGAAGGGCUCCACUCUUUCAGAGCUAAGUAUUUUUUACCUACAAAAAGAUCCAUGUCUGCACUACUAUAUAUUUGGUUUAACUCAUAUUGCAAGUAUGCAUCUAUAUAUGUUCCCAAACGAGUGAACCCCUUCCAAUGUCAAGAUUACGCAUGUCUUUCACAUUGCCGCUUCCCAUUGCCCAUUGGUAUCUGCCUCGGAUGGCUUCACCAUUGCCAAAGCUAUUGUAGUCGUGCACAACAUACUUCACUCAACUCUUCGUAGCUUUUUGGAAUUUUAAUGAAAACCGAUGUCACUAUUUGAGCAUUGAGAGCAAUCUUUUAAAUAGCGGGCUAUGGAAAAUAGCGACGGGCCUGUAAAUCAGUUAUAGCGGAGCUAUAGCGGGCUAAAGCGGACUAUUUGUGAAGGCGACCAUUUAGCGGCACCUUGCUGAAAAGGCUAUAGCGGGCUAUAGCGGAGCUAUAGCCGGCUAUUUAAAACUAUGAUUAGAGAGUGAUGUUAUUUUCUUCCUAUGUUGUACAAGCCAGAAACGUUUGGUGAAAGGAAACACCAUCAUGGUCUUUUAUAGAGCUACAAAUGAAUCUUUACCAAUGUUUUUCUGUAGGCAAUUGUUUGCUCUGCUUGAAACUGUAAGGUCCUUCGAUCGGUAUAUUGUGCGUCAAAGGUCCUGUUCAUCUGUAACAAAUUCUGCUUCAGCCUCAGUCGUUGGUCUGCAGCUCAUGUGGGCGGAGGAGAAGCAUGCUUCAGUCUGUCCCACAGAAGUUGUUGCUGCCAUCCUCGCUGCCACCGUCGGAGACGAAACUCGGUGGAAAUUGAAGAGGAGCAGACACAGGAAGCAAAGAAGGGGGGAAAGGAGAAGUUGCUCAAGAAGAAGUUGGAGGUUUCAGAUGAAGGAUAUGAAAGAGAAAAUAUUAAGCCUACGGGGAAGGGCAGAUGCAGCACAAUAUAUAACAUGUCGUUUGACAUUUCCAAAAACACAAAACUAUAAGGUACAGUACUUCUUUGUAUAUAGCUAUGACUGAAAAAUACAAUGGUCAAUGAGAGGGCAAAAAAUUCACAGGAUUUUCUUUCAUAUAUCAAUGUUAGUUAAAAAUAAAAAAAGAUUUAUAAUCAGAAGAAAUAAACAAAGCACGAAAUUUCUCAAGAGCAUAUGACUACAAACAAUCUAAUCCACUUCCAGUAAUUUUUUUGUUGGUGCAUUUCCUCAUAAAAAAUUGGCUUUACUAAACGUCGGUGCCACCUAACUACCAGGUCCAUUGAAGGCCCAACUUCAACCAACUCCAUUCUAGGAAUAGAUGGAUUUUGUAGUUCUCGACUCAUGCUUCAAUAAGAUCAUAUAUGCGGCGAUCAUAAGUCCAUCCAAAAGAUUGUUGAGCUUCUUCUUUGAAUGAGAGGCGUACACUCCAACUGCAAACACCAUUAUAACAGAGGAAUAUGACAUCUUUCAGCAAUUAUAACAGACAAUAAUAUUCUCUAGUUAAUAUACAAAAGAAAAUCAAAUAUCAUUAUAACAGGAAUGGCAAAGGCUUCAGAUAGGACCUAUAUUGUGCUACUCAGAAAAGUCAAUAUCUAACUCAAAAAGUCAAUGUCGAGCUCAGUAAGCCAUUUUACUUUUGAGAGCCUCAUUGAUUUAAUCUUUGUUUUCUCAAGUGAAUAACAAUUCCUAAUUGUCACUAACUACGCAAUGGCAAACAUGAAGAAAAGAAUGUAGUAAGAUUUAAGGGAGGAGAACUCCAGGGACACCCCUGCUCUCAAAUAGCCUGUUGGUGGUGGAAGAAACAUUAGAGCAACAGUCUGAUGUGGAUGUGGGAGCCAGGGAAAAACACAUAUGUACUAUUUCUAGUUGCUCCACAUAUAAGGUUCUAAAGCAACAAUCUUUUCCAAUAGCAACUAAAUUAAGAUUUACAUAUGGUUAUUUGUACAAACCAUGGACUAUCUGCAAGAACUGGCAGAGACAAAAAUUCCAAUUCAGUCUCCAUUAGAAAAUCGGUAGCUGCUCCCAGCCAACACUUCCUCUGUCGACCUCACCACCUACAGACAAGAGCGGAGCCCUUUUCCGCUGCACCCCCAAAUCCGUUUCCUCCAGCAAGCCACCACCGCCGCGUGCUCUACUGGCGUCGCUGUUGGGGAACGCAGUAAUUUCAAAAAAAAAAUCCUACGCACACGCAAGAUCAUGAUGAUGCAUAGCAACGAUAGGGGAG